GGUCGAAAGCGUCGUUACAACAUGAUAGGAGAACACCGUGUAAAAUAUCAAAUAAGCAGCUUGAGCUGAAAACAAGAAUUUACGAAUUUAUGAUCGACGUCGCCAUCUCCUCAUCCCCAUGCCCGCAGCUGUGCUAGUCGCAAAAUGCUCUACCGUCGCUUGCUCGAGAGCUACGGAAAACUCCUCGAAAAGCGACCCUACUUGACCAACACCCUUGCCGGCGCAACGUUGGGCUUCGUUGGUGAUGUCGUCUGCCAGUUUGUCGUGGAAAAACGGGAGACACUUGACCCAGGCAGAAAUCUCGCGUUCACAACAUUUUGCGGUUGGUACCAGGGCGGAGUGGACACCUUCAUAUACGGAGUGUAUUCUAUUAGUUGUAAUUGUUGGUAGCAGCUUUCAUUGUUGUGUUGCUCGUGAUCUAGUUGCACUUCGUGCUUUGUUUCUUUACUCAUACAGAUUUAGAUCAUAUCUGCAGCCGCGCUGACAGCCUACCAACCGUGAUAAUCAAAACAGCUACGCCCGCGUCUGGGGUCACUUUUCCCCGCUCAAGUUCGGCAUGGUCUCCGCCAUUUUCGACAAUUUUGUUCACGUUCCCCUGGCCUACCUGCCCUGCUUUUACCUGACGUUGGGCGCGAUGCAGGGACAACAACUGCCGGAGAUCAGGCAGGAGAUGGAGAAGUCCUUCCUGCCCAGCUGGCUCGCCUGCUGCACCAUGUGGGUUCCGUUUCAGUUUGUCAAUUUUGCCUUCGUCCCCCCGCACUACCGGGUGCUGUUUGUCAACUGCGGGUGUUUAGCGUGGAACGUGAUAAUUGAUUACAUCAACGCGAAGGAUGAGGAUGAGGAAGUAGAGGAAUUAUCUGCUGAGAAAAUAGCAAUGAAUUCAACUUCUGCAGACGUUGGUGUCGGAAACGCCGCUGCACUACAGCUUGCUGAUCGACAAGAGCUGGUGCAUCCAGAUUCCACGAUGAAGGCGAAACCCGUGCCGGAUCUGCGGCGGAAGUCGUCGAGAACAAAAACCUGGUCAGCAGAUGACGCGGAGAUCCACGGGCCGAUUCAGGAACUGCACAGGCUAACGGCGAACAGUAGGGCGAAGAAGGUGGAGUGAGAUGAUAUCAGUUUGUUCGUCUCUUCGCAGCGGGACUGGAGACUUGAGAAGCGAUCUUCUUAUAGGAUGCCGCUUGGAGCGUGAUCGCGGUGCAGCUGGGUACAGCAUUUGCACCGAGACCGAAGGCCGGACAUUAGGAUUGUGGACGGUUGUCGUGCGGACUGGGACUACAACUGGCUUGCAGCUCCUCGUUGAAACGAGCGAGCAGAAUUGCAGGUAUACACGAAAGGGAGAGCCGGCAGUUUCGAGACUCUGCAAGAACCUGACGCCGACCUCAAAAAGUCUUCGUGUCGGCGGAUGACGACCGUCAAAGACACCACGCCGCGCUUUCCAUUGCCUAUUCAACUUGGGGCUCCGAACGGCUUUCAAGGGGAGCAGCCACGACGUAGUUCGAGCGACUAUGACUCCACCACGAUGUUGGAGUUGAAGAUGGCAUGUUGAAGAUGGCAUUGCUGCAGUUUCGGCGACUCACACCAUCGUUUUGCUGGAGGAAUAAAGUGCGCUUCGUUUAGAGUCGACAAUGCAACGCGUUGGCUGGCUCUGGGGCUGUGUAUACAUAGAUACUCGCAAUCAUUGAAAAUUUGUCCUCGGCGCAGCAGGAAGAGGAGCGUAGUGCCGUCGUUCAUUAAAGAGAUCUGGCGGAACGGCAGCUGAUGAUAGACUGGCGGACAAUUUUGCUUUUUUAACCUGCGCCUCACAGGCUUCGUUCUUUCUCUCAAAAAGUACUGCGACUCUGCCUCCAAUAGCAUGAGCAUGUCUAAAAUUAGUUGUCAGUGCUGGUUCUAUUUUUUACAGCAGUGGUCGAUGCAGCAAUGAAUUCCCAUAUUGAUCUCCACCUUUAACAGUAGACCGCUGUGGAUCUGCGAUUUGAGCAGUUCAAGCAU